AUAAAUUGACGAGAGCCGCAGCGACAGUUCAACACUUUACCGUUGUGCUUCGCAGCAACAACCGUUAGCCGGAAAGAAGAGAGCCGGAAGCGCGUGCCGCUAAAGUUUACGGAAAUAAAGGCGGACAAAGGCUCUUCCUCGCCUGCAACUGACAAAGUGCCAGAAACCAGAUUAAACGAAUUUCGAGCGACUACAAAAUAAACAACAUUUCGAACGGUGCAGUGUGCAGGCAAAAGCAUUGUAGAGUUCCAAAAGCACUUCUCCUUCGCACCCGCAUCCGGAAACGGAUUGGGAAAAUAGGAAAAUGUGGCCCAACUUUGUAGCUGUCGUUUCCCUACUGUGCCUUGCAUUCUUCGCCUGGGCAAAAGCUGGACCUGUGCCAAUUGUGAAUGAGCACCAACAAUUGAUGCCGAAAGUGCCUCAAUGGCACUGUCUGCGCUACUUUAAGCACGAUGUCCUGAUGAUGCGUCGCUGUCGCCAUUUGCGAGUUCCUACGGCGCCGCGACUGGGCGAUGUCCUUAAGCGAAAGAAGAAAUAGUAUAAGGCCCACAGACAAUCGUCCCGAAUACUCAAAACGACUGAACCAAAAGAUCAAUUAAAAGAAAAUUUUUUGAAGGAUUUCUAACCAGACCAAAGCUAAAUCAAAUAUAUACUACCAAAUAUACAAUUUCUGAAACUUAUAAUAAGUCUAACCAAUUGUACUUCAUAGUUAAGUAAGAUUUCAAUAAAACGACUAAGAAAACUUAUAAACCUU